UCGACGCGCUGUAAUGGAUCGCAAACCCGUCAGGGCGAUAUUGUUUGAUCUGGAUAAUACACUCAUCGAAACAAACCGCGCAGGUGGAGUGGCGAUACAAAAGACCUGCGAGCUGUUGAAGAAAACUUUGGGCCUCGAUGAGGGAACCGUCUUCCGCGUAUGUGACGCAUACAAGGACAAGCUCCGGGACGAGGUGUUUGACGCCAGCGGCGCCAGAAGCAUAGAUGAGGUACGUGUGGGCCACUGGGAGGAGAGCAUCCAGGAGGUGGUGGCCGGCUCCCCUGAGCCCUCCCUGGCCACCGACUGCUACUAUUUAUGGAAAAACACUCGCCUGCAGCUCCUUAGUCUGUCCCCUGACAUACGCAACCUGCUGAGAGAACUCAGGACCGGGUACAAGCUGCUGCUGCUGACCAAUGGGGAGACCCGGACCCAGAGGGAGAAAGUGGAAGUGGUGGGAUGCGAGGAGUUCUUCGACGCCGUCGUGGUGGGCGGGGAACAUCCAGAGCAGAAGCCGUCCCCCUCCAUCUUCACACACUGUUUUGCCCUCCUCGGCGUGGAGGCCCAGGACUGCGUGAUGGUGGGAGACUCCCUGGGCACAGACAUCAAGGGUGGUCUCAAUGCAGGGGUGCGGGCUACGGUUUGGAUCAACCAGGGAGGGUCUCUGCCCGAUGAUUCAAUAAAGCCAGACUUUACCAUUCCGAGUGUGCUGGGCCUGCCAGAUGUUCUGGAAAGCUUGAAGUAAAUACAACUGACCGACACGACCCACCUGUUUACCAUUCAAAUGAAGGUUACAGAAUGACAGAGAUUUUAUUUUGCGUACAUCCACAGAAGAAUGUUAACAUAAGAUGUAUGUAAGAAAUGCUUUUUGAGCCUCAGUCAUUGUACUUAGUGUAAAGUUCAAAAUUCAAGAUUGAUUUAUUUGUCCUAAGGGAACUUUGUCUUGGACAUAAAGGCUACCACAUAAAAAUACAUACCUUAUAGUGCAGUAACAGACAUAAAGUGCAUCCACUGCGAACACUGCCCCUCAUUUCACAUCCUCCUUAGGUCCUGAGUUUAGGAGAUUCACUGAUCGUGGAAUGAAAGAGUGUUUGUACCUGUUCAGGUAUCUUCCUGUAUUUAAUUGGAACCCGGUAGCGUCUAUCUGAUGGGAGCAGUUCAUAUUCUGGACACAGGGCAUGAGAGGGGUCAGCAAUAAUUCUCCUAGCCUGUUUAGCUAUUGUCUUCUCAGAGUAUUUUGAGGAAUAGAUGCUCCCUCACCCCUGUCACUAUCAUUGGCUGUGUGGACCAGUCUGUUUAUUUGUGAUUUUUAACCUAAGUGAUAUAUUACCAAACAUCUGGCCGACCCUAAACACCCUGAGUCUGCACAAACAGUAAGAGUCUCUGUUGGAUCCUGGUACAUACAGCAUUCACAUGGACAUGCCAAGAGAGAUUACAGUCAAUAUGUACACCCAAGUAUGUGUAAGAAUGAACCUGGGUAAUACAAGUGUUAUGGAUUAGUAGUGGAGAAUGAUCCUCCUGAUGUCCUGGCUCAAAAAUCAUUUCUGUUUUCUGUGUUUACAAUGAGAUGAUGGUAAUCACACAAUUGUAAGAACUUUUCAAACUCUAAACUAAAGCCAGAAAUGCCAGUGUCUGUAUCCAUAAGUCCCAAGAUGGCAGUGCCAUCAGAAAACUUGACAACAAACGUGCUGGGAUGACUGCUUGUACAGUCGUUUGUAUAUAAUGUAAACAGAAUGGGGGAACUCACACAUCCCUGAGGAACGCCUGUGUUGAUGACUUUAGACUCAGAUAAUGUCUGGUUCACUGGGACCUGCUGGGUCCUGUUGGUCAAAAAGUGAUACCACCUGAUGAUAUCUGGGUUAAUAGACAUCUGUCUGAGCUUAUUGAGGAGGAUGUGUGGCUGCAGGGUAUUAACAGCAGAGCUGAAGUCCACAAACAGCAGUCUGACAUAGGCCUUGGGGUUUUCAAGGUGUUGCAAAAUAAAGCGUAUUAUGGUUAGUAUUGCAUCAUCACUGACACAAUUGUCUUUAUAGGCAAACAUAAGAACCUAGCUGUCCAUUUGUUUGACUUCAGCUUCCACACCAUCAUCAAUUUCCAGACACUUGUUACAAUAGCGGUCAGGGCUACUGGUCUAGUCCUUAUUUUCCUGGGGAACAGGCUUUUUUGGAAGAGUAAUAAUUGCCUAUUUCCAGAGAGAUUGAUCUAUAUGUGAGCCAACAGACCUUUGCAGACAGAUCCAGGCUGGUUUAGGUCCCCUGUACAUCUUCAAGAGGAAAGCUGAGACGCCAUCAGGGCCUGCUGCCUUAUUGGUGUUUGUUACACAUAAUACAGUCAAUAAAUAUCCAAAGUUGUGGACCAUAAGGGGCAAAGGGGGGGAAAAAUCUAUUCACUGUAAAAUUGUGAUACAAAGCUGUGAUAAAUUAAAAUCUAUCGCAUUUCCUUUGACUCAUGAUGCUGAAUCACAAUGAACAGAUGCCGUUAAGGUUUUUAUUGUAAUGCUUUCUACGUUUACGUUUGAAUUUGAAACGUUCUAGUUUACUCGGGAACGCGGGUUUUAAGCUUCUUUAACAUGCGAUUUCACAUGUAUUAAUUUUGUUGUAUUUUUUUUGGAUUUCUGUAUUUACUGAAGAUUAGAGGAGAUGGAGACAAAAAAAAUCAUUAAAUCAAUAUUAAUGUGGUGUUUGAGUAAUUGCAAUACC